AUGCAUUUUACCUCUCAUCUUUCCCUUCUCCUCGCUACAUCGGCUACCCUCAUCGCCGCCCAAGAUGCAAGCUCAAGCAGCAACUCACACUGUGCAUCCCAAAAACUAGUAGACUACUGCGUCACAGCCAUGAAAAAGGGUCUCAACGAGUGUACCUCAGGCGACUGGGACUGCAAAUGCUCAGGUGCUGCAAAUAUCGCCAACUGUUACGUAGACUGCUCUGACGAAGACCCGGACCGCGCCGAGGCCCAAAAUCUCAGCAUGAAUAAUUGCGCUACUGCCAAUGCAUACGAUCAGGGAUUGACUACUGUCGCUCCCACGUGGACUCGUCCCGGCUCUAACGCUGCACAACCGACGGAUACGGAUUUUACGUUAGCUACUGGAAGUGGCACGUCUCCUACGGCUAGCCCGACUAAGUCUUUGAAAGGGAAUGAGAAGGCGGCUAGUCCUUCGGAGGGAGCGGCACCGGCACCUAUGAAGGCCACUGGGGGUUGGUUGGCGCUUGUGGGGUUAGGGCUUGGGAUUGCGAUUUGA